UUCACAAUGAGAGAGGAUGCAAUUCAGCCAGACAGACAGAUUGUUCACCCUGCUGAAGAAGGAAAUUAUGUGAUAAAUAAAAUAUUUACGAAAACAAAGGGCAGUAAAAUUAUCAUAAAUAUAUAAAUACUUUUCGUCUAAAGAUUAUCUUUAGUCAGACUCUGGACUUUGCAGGAGAAGGAGAAUCUUCUUAUCAUUUAAUAAAUAUUGACACGAAGAUAAAGAUAAAAGUUUGAUCUCCAGUCCAGCAGUCUCUUUCUUGAUAAGUUGGAAACUCUUUAAGUUCGUCUUUUACUCAUUGCAAACGUGAUUAUUUGUCAAGGUUUAUGUACUUUUAAGCCAUCAUCUCAUCUCAUCUGGUGAAGGAUCAGUUACCAACAUUAAUAAACUUUGGACCAUUUUUUGUGUCUCCAGCAGUUCCAGCAGAGAUAUUAAGCAGAUGAUGAUGACAAGAGAGGACAGAUUACUAUUUGUGGCAUGAAUGAUCAUCAGCUAAAUGUAGCAACAUUGUAAAAGUAAAACUGGAGCAUCUCCUCGCUCGUCCAGUGUGUGUGAUUAAAUAAACUGUGUUAAAAAAUCGUUAAAGCGAGUUAGUUAUCCUUCUGCUGUGCGAAAUGUGGUUUAAGAACAACGUGUUGUCGUAAAUAUUUUAAUACGAAAAUUAAGCCAUGUAACUCGAACUGCAUACUAAAUUCUAACUGUGAUCGGUCAGCGACAGUUUAAUAGGGAUUCAAAAUUAUGGUCAUAAGAACAUUAUCAUUUGUGAUUUUAUUCUAAAGUUUAUGCAAAAAAAAUAUACACAAAAUUUGACGCCAAUUUUAAUAUUUUCCAAGUUUAAAGUAUUAACAACGUUUAAUAAGAUCACGAGCAGGAUCAACGAAAAUCAGAGGUUAUCAAUUACAUUACUUUAAAAAAAGGUCGUCACAAUGCGUUGCAGAUUUUGUGUCUCGUUAAGAUCCGCAGUUUUCUUUGGGGCCAGCAUCAACAUUUUUUUGGGAGCAAUCCACUUCUUUUAUUUUAUGAUGCAAAUGUUCCUUUAUUUCCGGUAUUUAAGGCGUCCCGAGCAGGUAAUGACGAGUUUAACGUGGGUCUCGUUUUUUACUCUGCUCAUGGGAGCCAUAUACUUCCCCUUGGGUUGCCUAAUCUUCAGAGGCGUGGAGAAAGAACGAUUAAACCUAAUUCGGUUCCCCAUGUGGAUAUUUUUUCUCUGCAAAGUGACCGAGUUAUCGCUCAAGGUGUACCACGAGUGGGCCCUGAUCCACCCCGACAGAAGGGUCGGAUUGGACGUCAGGAUCUACCAAACCAUCGACGUCGCCGCCGCGACCGUUUACUUUCUCGUGCUCUUCGUUUACGCCAAAAGACUCGCGCAAGGUCGCGGCGAGGGGUCCGACAACUAUUACAAGGCGUCCGAAGUGGAUGACGCGGAUCUCUCACUGCAGCGAAGAAAGGCCAAAUUGCUCCCGCAAUGAGAACCAUCAUUUUUUUAAAAUAUGUACCAAUUUUGUAUCAUUUUUGUAUUUAUUUCUUUUCGGCGAAUGACCAAUCGUAAAUAGGAUUACGUAUUUAUUAAGAAUGUUUAGACAAAAAAGAGAGCGUGUGAUGCGUGGGUUCGAUUUCUGCUUUAUUUCUGGAAAAUGGGGGGAAGGAAAUCCCGGCAAAUUCCCAAAAAUACUCGAAAAUUCACGGAAAUGCUCGAAAUUCACUUUUUCUGCUUUAUUCCUGGAAAACGGGAGGGAAGAAAAUCCCGAAAAAUUCCCACAGCUCGUAGCAAAACGGGCCCUUAAAAAUACUUGAAAAAUCACGGUAAUGCUCAAAAUUUCCGAAAAAUGGCCGAAAAUUCCUGGAAUCUUUGAAAAUUUCCGUUCAAAAAUUUCUCCCACUUUCCCGGAAAUGCGUGUGCAUCAAAAGUCGAAGCCAUGCUCUAAAAUUUCCGGAAACUUUCAACAUUUCCGAAAUAUGUUUGAUAAUUUCCCCCCGUUUGCACCGUAAAUAGAAGCUACGUGACCUGUAGACAAAGUAGUGCCUUAAAAAUGUAAGGAAAUGUUGAAAACCAAAAAAUUGUAUAUAUUGAUUUAAAUGAAUGUGUGUUGCCCUCGUUGUUCAGUGGCCGCGGAAGCCGUGGGGACAUCUGGGGACGAUAACAUUGUAGAAUAGGGAGGAAGGGGUUUGUAUAAGAUGCGGACAUCGAAUAGGUAACCGUGGGGACAUUGUUCCUCUGUCCUCUCAAGCUUCCGCGGCCACUGUCGUUGUUAUCUACUAUUUAGCAUAAAGUUAAAUUUAUGAAAGUUAAGUUUUAAGUUAAAUUAUUCUCAAUUAGCUCGUUAAGUAUCUCAAGAACAAUUUAAAUAUGUCUGAAAUUAUAAUCGGACAAAGCUACGCUUCCAUUCCAAACAAAAGUUGUAGUUAAUUAUAAUUGCUAAUUGUUAAUUAAUCACUU